UUGUCCCUUAUCAUUUAAGACACUUUUGAGUUAAAUGCAUCUCUCUCUUCCCACUCUGGUCCUUUGACAAUUGCUCUGUGUGCUGCAUUAAUUUUACUGACAGAGUAGCUAUACCAGUUACACACCCCCUCUUAGUCUUAUCUCAAUCGCCACCCAUUAAGGACCCUGCAAAUUUCCAAAUUUCCAAAGCAACAUGAAUCCGCGUAAAAUUGAAGAAGCAUAGCUCUGCAUGCAGUGGUUCACAAGGGUUGCCUUCUUUGCUCAAACCACGCGUCUUCUCGCCAACCAAGACCCAUUGCCCUCACCACGCAUCACCUGCCAAUAUUCAUGUUGCAGGCAGCAGCUGGCUAGCAGACAUCGGCAUCAAACGAUUAAUGCCUCAAACCACUCAAAGCUCUCUUUCUCUUUCGAUUUCUCUCAUUCUCAUAUAGUGAUAUCAAAUCAAAGCUUCUGUUGGGAGCUUCACUUUGUUUCCUCGUUUUUGGCAGCUAGCUAGCCAGCAAUGGCGAUGCUGAAGAGAAUUGUAUGGGUUACUGUUAUUGUUGCCUUGAUGUGCCUUUCAUCUGGUUAUUAUGUGUUGUGCAAGGAAGAGGAGGAGACUCUGAGGAUUCUGUUGGAGAUUAAGGAGUCAUUUGAGGAAGACCCUCAAAAUGUGUUGGAUGAGUGGUCUGUGGAUAAUCCCAGUUUCUGUAGCUGGAGAAGAGUUUCAUGUAGUGACGGCUACCCUGUUCAUCAAGUGGUAGCUCUCAACCUCUCUCAGUCCUCAUUAGCUGGCUCCAUAUCUCCCUCCCUUGCUCGUUUAACAAACCUGCUCCACCUUGAUCUUUCUUCUAACCGCCUCACCGGUUCCAUUCCACCUAACCUUUCUAACCUUUCUUCUUUGCUUUCUCUACUCCUUUUUUCUAAUCAACUUUCUGGUUCCAUUCCAGCUCAACUCAGUUCCCUCACCAAUCUCCGAGUCAUGAGAAUUGGGGACAAUGCUCUCAGCGGUUCAAUUCCUCCCUCCUUUGGGAAUCUCCUCAACUUGGUCACUCUUGGUUUAGCAUCAUCUCUUCUCACCGGCCCAAUACCUUGGCAACUCGGCCGACUCACUCGACUUGAGAACCUGAUUCUGCAGCAAAACAAACUCGAGGGUCCUAUUCCACCCGACCUCGGCAACUGUUCAAGCCUUGUAGUGUUCACAUCUGCACUCAACCGUCUCAACGGAUCAAUCCCACCAGAACUGGCUCUUCUCAAGAAUCUCCAACUUCUGAACCUGGCCAACAACACUCUAUCUGGGGCGAUUCCAGGCCAACUUGGUGAAUCGACUCAGCUUGUUUAUCUCAACCUUAUGGCCAAUCAACUUGAAGGUCCAAUCCCAAGGUCUCUGGCACGCUUGGGUAGUCUUCAGACUCUUGAUUUAUCGGUGAAUAAGCUCACUGGACAAAUUCCACCAGAAUUGGGCAACAUGGGGCAGUUGGUAUACAUGGUGCUGUCAACCAACCAUCUUUCUGGUGUUAUACCAAGAAACAUAUGUUCCAACACCACCACUAUGGAACACUUGUUCCUGUCAGAGAAUCAAAUAUCUGGUGAAAUUCCAGCAGAUUUGGGAUUGUGUGGGUCCUUGAAGCAGCUUAAUUUGGCCAAUAACACCAUCAAUGGGUCCAUACCCGCUCAACUUUUCAAGUUACCAUAUCUGACUGAUCUCUUGCUCAACAACAACAGCUUGGUCGGUUCAAUUUCUCCCUCCAUAGCAAACCUCAGCAAUCUGCAGACGCUUGCAUUAUAUCAAAACAAUUUGCGUGGAAAUCUACCCAGAGAGAUUGGAAUGCUUGGGAAGCUUGAAAUUCUGUAUAUUUAUGAUAAUCGGUUAUCUGGGGAGAUUCCUCUAGAGAUUGGCAACUGUUCGAGCUUGCAAAGGAUCGAUUUUUUUGGAAAUCAUUUCAAGGGGCAAAUUCCAGUCACCAUUGGCAGGCUAAAGGAACUGAAUUUUCUUCAUCUCAGACAGAAUGACCUGUCCGGUGAAAUUCCCCCCACCUUGGGCAACUGCCAUCAGCUAACUAUCUUGGACCUGGCAGACAACAGCCUUUCUGGAGGCAUCCCUGCGACAUUUGGAUUCCUCCGAGUCCUUGAGGAGCUGAUGCUUUACAACAACUCUCUUGAAGGUAAUCUCCCUGACGAGCUGAUCAAUGUUGCCAACCUGACCAGAGUAAAUCUCUCCAAUAACAAAUUGAAUGGUAGCAUUGCUGCAUUGUGUAGCUCUCAUUCCUUUCUUUCUUUUGAUGUCACAAACAACGCAUUUGAUGGCCAGAUUCCAAGAGAGUUGGGAUUUUCACCUUCUCUUCAAAGGCUUCGGCUAGGGAACAACCAUUUCACAGGGGCAAUCCCCAGGACCCUGGGAGAAAUCUACCAACUUUCACUUGUGGAUUUCUCAGGCAAUUCGCUCACUGGAUCAGUACCAGCUGAGCUUUCAUUGUGCAAGAAACUGACCCAUAUUGAUCUCAAUAGCAACUUUCUUUCUGGGCCAAUCCCAUCCUGGCUUGGAAGUUUGCCCAAUUUAGGAGAGCUCAAACUCUCCUUCAACUUAUUUUCUGGGCCCCUUCCUCACGAACUAUUUAAGUGCUCCAAUCUGCUGGUUCUUUCACUUGAUAACAAUCUCCUUAAUGGGACUCUGCCUUUGGAAACCGGUAAUCUUGCAUCCCUUAAUGUUCUCAACCUCAACCAAAACCAAUUUUAUGGACCAAUUCCUCCUGCCAUAGGUAACUUAAGCAAGCUUUAUGAACUUCGUCUCUCAAGAAACAGCUUUAAUGGUGAAAUACCUAUUGAGCUUGGAGAACUCCAGAAUCUUCAAAGUGUUUUAGACCUCAGUUACAACAAUCUUACUGGGGAAAUCCCACCUUCUAUUGGAACACUGUCCAAACUGGAGGCGCUUGAUCUAUCUCACAAUCAACUUGUUGGUGAAAUCCCAUUCCAAGUGGGUGCGAUGAGUAGCUUGGGCAAGCUUAACUUCUCCUAUAACAACCUUGAGGGCAAAUUGGACAAGGAAUUCUUGCACUGGCCAGCAGAGACGUUCAUGGGAAACCUGCGUCUUUGUGGAGGGCCUCUGGUUCGCUGCAACAGUGAGGAAUCCAGUCAUCAUAACUCAGGCCUAAAGUUAUCAUAUGUGGUGAUAAUAUCAGCAUUUUCAACCAUUGCUGCAAUUGUUCUACUGAUGAUUGGAGUUGCCCUGUUUCUUAAAGGCAAGCGAGAGUCCCUUAACGCAGUGAAGUGUGUUUACUCUUCCAGUUCUUCCAUAGUACACCGAAGACCACUCCUCCCCAACACUGCUGGGAAGCGAGAUUUCAAAUGGGGAGACAUAAUGCAAGCUACAAACAAUCUGAGUGACAAUUUUAUAAUUGGGUCAGGAGGGUCUGGAACGAUCUACAAGGCUGAGUUAUCCAGUGAAGAAACAGUGGCAGUGAAGAAGAUACUGAGGAAAGAUGAUCUCCUGCUGAAUAAAAGCUUUGAAAGAGAAAUUAGGACCCUGGGAAGGGUUAGGCACAGGCACCUAGCAAAGUUGCUGGGUUGUUGUGUCAACAAAGAAGCAGGUUUUAAUCUGUUGGUAUACGAGUACAUGGAGAAUGGAAGCUUAUGGGAUUGGCUGCACCCAGAAUCAGUGAGUAGCAAGAAAAGGAAGAGCCUUGACUGGGAGGCGAGGUUAAGGGUUGCAGUGGGAUUAGCUAAGGGAGUGGAGUAUCUCCACCAUGACUGUGUCCCCAAGAUCAUUCACAGGGACAUCAAGUCCAGCAAUGUGUUGCUUGACUCUAAUAUGGAGGCACAUUUAGGGGAUUUUGGGCUGGCAAAGACUCUGGUUGAGAAUCACAACUCCUUCAACACCGACUCAAACUCAUGGUUCGCUGGGUCUUACGGUUAUAUUGCUCCAGAAUAUGCUUAUUCAUUGAAGGCAACGGAGAAAAGUGAUGUUUAUAGUUUGGGUAUCGUGCUGGUUGAGCUAGUGAGUGGAAAGAUGCCAACAGACGAAAUUUUUGGGACGGAUAUGAACAUGGUGAGGUGGGUUGAAUCGCACAUUGAAAUGGGACAAUCGAGCCGAACGGAGUUGAUUGAUUCUGCAUUGAAGCCAAUUCUACCAGAUGAAGAAUGCGCAGCAUUCGGAGUGCUUGAGAUCGCACUGCAAUGCACAAAAACUACCCCAGCAGAAAGGCCGUCUUCUCGCCAAGUUUGCGAUUCCCUAGUCCAUUUGUCCAACAACAGAAAUAGAAUGGUGGACUGCCAUAAGAACCCCCAUUGAUCCUUCCAUACUUGCAUGUAUAGCUGAAUGGAGCGUUUGGAUGAUCAAACCGUAUAAAGACAAACCACCUCCCCUCCCAAUCUCAUUCCGAUUUUAUGCUGAUUUGUUCUCAGCCAUGUUGUUCAAUGACGCAGCUACAGAGUGCAUCCACGGGAGAUGGAGUGGAAAAAUGUGAUGAAAGUAAUGAGAAAUAACAUUAGAAUUCGAGAUGAAAUACUAUAUAUUUAAAUAGA